AUGGAGUUGCGAGAAUCGAGUUCAUUUGACAGAAAACCUAAGUUUUCAGACUCCGACUCCGAAAGAGAGACUUCGUCACACCCUGUUCAGGAAAGGGGUUCAGCAGCACCUCCGGUCCAACAGGGAAGGCUGCAGGGGCAGGAUGAGCCAUUCUGGCUGUCACCUGCUGCACGCAACAACAACGGCCUUCGGCGCAACACAAGACUAUCACAGCGUCAAGACACAAACUUCAGCCAACUGACGACCGACCGGGAGACCGGGGACUCAAGCGAAAGUGCCAAUUCUGUGCGGAACGAGGGUCCUCCUCCUGGGUAUGUCAGAAGAAGGGUGGACUACGAUAGUGACACUGAUGAAGGCGUUCCACAACUAGCUCAGGACGCCGACCAAGGGGCUCCUGGAGCAGAUCCAAAUGGAGAAGACCAUCUUGGACUGCCUAAUGGCGGUGAACUGCCUGGCCUUCAACGAGCUAUCUUAUUGGAGACUAAAAAGCGCCAGGAUAUAGUCGCUGAAUAUGACGUUCGGGAUGCCGUGCGCCCCCAUCAAGCGAGGGUUUCCGUGGGGGCUCUCGACGUUUCUUUAAAAGGCAAGGGUCUGACAGACAGCUUCCGAGUAGCUGCGGCAGAGGAAAAUCGAGAAUCACUCGCUGCUCGCUACAUCCGCGUUUGGAUCGCCAAGACCAAAUUCUUCGCGGUUGUGCACGACGUACGCCAGAAUCUGACCCCUCCCGAUCCGGUGCCAGUAAACUGGGAUGGUUUCCAGAACACCAUUCAGAUACUGCGAGAACAGAGUUCUAUCGCACCCCUACUUCUUUAUCACUACAAAGUGUCAAGCCGUUGGGCUCGUUAUGAAACGUCUGCCUGGUGGCUGGCAAUCGAUCUCUAUACCUCUCUCUAUAUCAACAUGUGGAACAAAACGCACAAUGAGCUGGCAGACGAGGUUGAGAAAUAUUCUAUGAUCCAUCAAGCAGACCUUACCCAGAAGGUUAUCGAUCUUCUUCUGAAGAAAGUAGACGAUUCCCUCAGCCUACUUUUCAACAUCACGGCGGUCAACGAAUCAAGGUCAGUCAACAGGCUCACAUACCUUGCAUUUAUCUACGUGCCCUUGUCAUUCGCGACUAGUGUCUGGGGCAUGUCCCAGUUCAAAAUUGCAGUAGAAUGGGUUGCAGUUCUCGCACUACCACUUCUGAUACUCACUGUAUUCCUGGUUGUCAUAUCACAUAUUCUUGCUCGCAAACUGGACGAUCGAAAGAUGGACCAAAUCAAGGCUAGGAGACAUAAUCCCGCAUAA